UGUCAAAUAGGUACUAAUAUCAACUGUUAUUAUAAUUGUUAAUUGUUAUACUAUGUAUAUUGUAUUUGUUUAAUACACAACAGUUUAUAUACUUUGUAUUAAAUUACAUCAAUCAUACUACUAUAGUACGUUGUAAGUGUAUAGUAUAACGUUAUUUUUUCAGUAUUUCUUUAUUGAAAGAAAUGAUCAAAAUUGAAAAAUGAUAAAAGAAAACACUGAAGUUAUAAAACCUCCUGAAAAAGUUGAUGACUUUUUGUUGUCACUGUUUAAAGCAUUGGACAGGCAGAAAUCUAAAGAUGAACGUAAAACAGUUGAAAAAAAAAUAGUUGUUCGGAGGUUGCCUCCAACUAUGACUGAAGAAAGAUUUCUUAAUGAAGUUUCUCCUUUGCCUGAAUUCAAUUACAUAUAUUUUAUACCUGGCGAUCCAAAUGCAGUACCAUUCCAUCAUUCAAGGGUAUAUAUCAAUUUUCUUAAAGAAGAUGAUAUGUAUAUGUUUACUGACAAAUUUGAUGGCUACGUAUUUGUUGAUGACACUGGUGACGAGUAUCCAGCUACUGUUGAACUAGCACCUUACCAAAGAAUACCAAAAAAAAAAUUAGAUAAAGAUGCGAAUUGGGGUAAGAUACAUGAGAACCCAGUGUUCUUAGAGUUUAAACGUAAUUUUGAACAGAAGACUAUUGACACUACAUUAAAAACCACACAACACUUUUUUGAAUCUGUUGAAGAUAAAUCUCAAGAACAAGAUUUGAGUACACCACUACUUGAAUUUUUAGCAAAGCAGAGCGAUAGGCAACGUGUCCGAGUUAAUCAAAGAGAUGAACGUCGUAAAAAAGUAUUCAUCAGAAAACAGGAAAAAGAAGAAGUUUGGAGAAAUAAAAAAGUGGAAAAAGAAAUUUUCAUUAAACCCAAACCCAUUGCAAAAAGUAACAUAAUCAGUAAACGAGUAAUUGAUGAAAAACCAGUGAAAGACACAAGCCAAAAAAAAAUUAUUAAAAGUCAUAAAGAUGAUACAGCAUUGAAUGUUGAAAAAAUUAAACACUGUGAUGAAAGUCAUAAAGUUAAGAUUGAAGACACAACUAGAGUUGAUGAUGUUAAAAAAAUAGAAUUUAAAAUUAAAACGGCCAAGCUGAAUAGUCCAACCAAAUGUUUUGAUAAUAAUUUAAAAGAAGAUAUUACUUCUAAACCUGAAAAAAUUAAUGUGGAUAUGUCGAAAGAAGCUAAAGAAGAUAAUGAUAUAAAAAAGAAAUCGGAAACAUUGAAACCGGCACAUUCAGAAAACAAAACUAGUGUAUCGUCAAAAUAUAAUAAAUGGCAUGAUGAUAAGGAAAUAGUUGAAACAGGUGAAACUGAAAACUAUAAAAAGCAUCGAUCUGAUACGGACAAAAGGUUUGCUUAUAAUAAACGAAUAGAUAAUCGCCGUCAAGAAUCCAAGACUGAUCGUCGCAUUAGGAAUAAAGAUCGCCCAGCUAUUGAAAUUUAUAGACCAGGAAUGGGUAGACUUAGUAAGUUGAAAGCUGAGAAUGAUAAUAUUGAAUCAGAAGCUCAAAAGUAAUAAUUCAAAUUAAAAUUAUACUUAACAGAAUAUCACAUAUUCUUCUUGUAUUUGAUUUUUAAGCUGUUUCUCUAUAAUUUUCAUGCGUCUAAAUUUUGUAACA